CAGUCGUUUAUUAAGGAUGUUCAUUUUGGCACUCAGCAGCUUACGAAUGGCUCACAGAUGGCAUCUGUCUCGUUUUGCGUAAUCCAAUCAUCCUGUACUACUGCGUCUCACACUUAGUCUCCAGGAGUAAUUGAAAAGCUCACAGUGACAAUUGUGUCUUCUUCCAGAUGUCAUCACUAUAAGGACUGGGGCUUUCAUCACCUCCUUGACGUAGGAUGUGUACAUGGCUCUCCAGGUCAGACUUGCUCCAAGCAAGGUUGUUUUGCAGAAGCUUCUUCUAUGUGUCAUCCUGUUCUACACCGUGUACUAUGUGUCCCUGAGCGUGGGCUGCGUAAUGUUUCAGGUGCAUGAGUUGGAUUUCCUGGCACCAUUUGAUUUCAAGACAAAUCCCUCAUGGCGCAACAUAUAUUACAAAGUUCUUUUAGUUUCAACAGAAGUCACCUACUUUGUUUGCGGAUUGCUUUUUGUUCCGGUUGUGGAAGAAUGGGUUUGGGAUUAUGCUAUUUCAGUAACUAUUCUUCAUGUUGCCAUCACUUCAACUGUUAUGUUGGAAUUCCCCUUGACAUCACAUUGGUGGGCUGCUCUAGAUGGCCACCCAGAGAUACUUCUGCAUAGAAUCCCGAGGCUGCUACUGCACAGAUGUGAUGCUGGCUGCCUCUGUGGAUCCGGCUUAAUUUCAAUGAUAUGUGGAGGCCAGAUUUUAGCAUACUGUUUGUUCAAAGACAACUUUAUCUAUCCAGGUCUGGAUAAUUUUUAACAGAACAGUUGAAUUAAUUUGCCUUAGAAUUUCUGUAUUAUUACAUACAUUGUGUUAGAGCCAAAUUUUAUUCUUUGUUCAACUUAUAUUCAAGGUUAAAUGUAUUCAGUAUAAAAAGAAGUUAAUGGAGUGCAGAACAACUCAAGUAAAAAACUUCAUAAGAAAAAUGUUGAAACUUUUAACAUGCAGUGUUUCCCAAAGUGUGUUCCAUAAAAUGCCAGUUCGAAAAGAUGUAAUAUUGCUGUGCAAAGGAGAAACAAUUUCAUGUUUAUACAGGAUUCCACCUACAUGAAACAAUUUCAUGUUUCAUGUAUGUGGAAUCCUGGGUUUAGGUAAAACAGACUUAUUUACUUCAGGACUUCUCUGAAUGUGUAUUUAUUUAUUUUGAGACAGGAUCUCACUUUGUUGCCCAGGCUGGAGUGCAGUGGCAAUAAUCAAAGCUCACUGCAACCUCCAACUCCUGGUCUCAAGCAAUCUUCCUGCCUCAGCCUCUUGAGUAACCAGGACAACAGGCACCUGCCACCACACCUGGCUAAAAUCUUUAACAAACUAUUAUGAACAAGCCAUCCCUAAGCUAUAGUGUACAUUAUGCACUGUUUCUUAAAUGUAUUUGACCAGGGACACACUUUAGAAGCUGCUGAUAUAUACUGUGGAAACUAUAAUGUAGUAAGAGGGCAGAUUCAAACCUAAUGUGAAUCCCUGCAACCAGAAUUACAUUCUAUGAUUAGCCUCUGGUAUUUGUUCUCUGUUAGAGCAUUUCUUAUGAAAUUAUUUCCUUUUUUUAGACUGUGGUCUUCUAACACAGUGCUUUUCAAAAUUUAAUGUGCCUUUGAUUUAUCUGAGGAUCUUGUUAACAAUGCAGAUUUUGGUUCAGAGGGCAGGAAUGGGGCCUAAGAUUCUGAAUUUCUAGGGGCCUAGGAUUCUGAACUUCUAGCCAUUCCCAAGAAAUGCCAGUGCUUGGACCAUACUUUGAGUAGCAAGGGUCUAAGCAAUUGGGAUCAUAUUUUUUUUUAAGUUGGCAUAGUUCUGUAUCACCAGUCCUCUAUUUUUAAAAAUAUGAUUAUUAUUCCAUAAAUGCCUGUUGAAUUGGGCGUAAAGUGAAGUGAGUUAAGUUUUUAUAACUGUGUUAAAUAUUUACCACAUUCUAAUGUAGUUAAAGUAUCUCCUGAUAUAAAAUAAGUGCCUACUAUGGUAACAACUAAAAUAUAAGGAUAAGAAAAGGGACAGGAAAGUAACACUCCCUCAAACACACACCUACACAAAUGAGAAACUAAACCAAACCAUUGCCGAGAUUUUUCUCCUGAGUCUUUUCGCCCUAAAAAUGCAUUUCUUCCACAAAGGCAUUCAUUCUCCCAAUAAGAAAUGUCAUGCUGAUUUUCUGUAUUUUAUGUGUCCUUCCAAAAACUGCGAUGUAUCGAUCAGUUGCUAGUUUAGAAAAUAUAAACUUACCAGGUACAUUUAAGCUUGAAAAUAUGACACUGCUCCUUUCUUCUUUCUCACAUUACUUAUCACAUGAACUUUUGUAUCCCAUCCAUUAUUCCCAUUCUUCCAGUUAAUUUCUUCCAAAAUGUUUGGUCACGGAAGUAACAAAAUCUGCAGUUCACCUAAUCAGUGAAGGGACUAUGAAUUCCUAUUACUAAUGAAGAUUUUUAUAUCUUUUAAGGAAGGCAGCAUAGGAUAGCUAUGAAAGUGCCAGCAAUAUGAGCUUUGAUUCUCCAAUUAAAACUCCCAUUGACAGCACACAGGAAAAAGUGCCUUGCCAGAGAGACAACGAAACUCAAUUCUGCUCUGUGCAAAGUGCAGACAUUAAACAAACCAUGAAUACGCUGAUGAGGAAGUGUGCCCCUGUAAAACUCACACCCUUGGAAGAAAUUUGCAGAAACACUAAAACUGUCUAAAUACAUUUGUUAAUUAAAAGAGAUUUGGUUGAUUAAGCACCUUUUAAUAUAAUGAGAAUUAAGUUCUACUAGUAAAUUAGAAUAACAAUCUCUCCAGACUCAGAAGACCUUAAUAUCUUGUCAUUCUGCAGUGUAGCUUAAUUAGCAUGUUUAUUUCUAGGAUUAGAAAUCCACCUGCUCAGGAAAUUACUAUUAUGUUACUCCUUCAUUUUAUUUCUUCUGAUCAUAGGAAUAACCUGUGCUUUUCCUCUUUUACUCAUUAAGAUGAUUACCAUUGUCUAUUUGAUGACAUCUCUUGACACAAAACAAAUUUAAAAUUCAAUGCGAACACAUAUUCUUAGCACAAAAAUAUUGUAUAUCAAGCAUAUCCACUAAAUAUUCACUUUAGUUUUUAUUGCUUUAAAUGAUAAAUAAAACCUUCUCAAAGGCCAAGAGUUAUGCUUAUUUAACUAACUUUUCUAGUGUCCCAUAUAAAAGCAUAAGUUGGUAGAAUCCUACCCAGUAUUUUGAUGCAUAUUUUUAGUAUUAAUAUUUUCAUAUUUUUAAGAAGGAUAAUACUUUAAUGUUAUGCAUAACUUCUUCACAAAUAUGCUUUAAAGUUAUUAUACCAUUGUGUUAUUUUAUAUUUAAAUCCAUUCACAUACUGCUUUAAUUAUGUUUUACUUAAAAAAGUUAUGUCCCAAAUGAAUGAACAGUAUCUAUUCUGUUGCUGAUAAUAAUCCCAAAUAUAUAUAUGAGAACUAUUUUCACAUUUGCAGUAUAAAGAUCAGAUUCCUAUCUAAAAUUUUAUGGUUUUUGUUCAACCAAUUUACCUUAAUAGCUGAACUGAUAAGUUCUAAAGCUGUUUAUUAUCACUAAAGCUGCAGAGAUUAUCCUAUAAAAUUGUGAACAUAUAUAAGAUAGAUGAUUUUGUUUAUGAUAAAUAUCUUACAGAAGAACAAAAGCACUUCCUAAUUUGUUGCUUUAUACACCUUAGAAACAUGAGUUGCUAGGUAAGUAAAUGCAUAACAAAGCAUCCAUUGAUAUAGCUUUGGUAAAAAUUGUCACAAAAGGAAGAAAAUGCAACAUGGUUUAUACGAAGAUAAUGUAAUUAUUCUAUAGAAAAUUUCAACUUUGUAAAAAGUUAUAAAAUAUGUAACUAUUUGGGAAUAUUUCACAUUUUUAAUAGAGGGCAAUAAAAUUACAACUUUUCCAUGUAUUUUUUCUUACUUAGCCAUCUCUUACAUUUUCUUUUAUUCUAUAAAUGUUUUUGGUUGUUCAGUAACAAGAAGCUCAAAUACAUCCUAAAAAACAGUUAAUUACCACUUGACUUCCUUCUUAGUGAAGAAUAUUGACCACCACCAUUCCCACAUACCCAAUAAUUCAAACAAACCAGAAACAUUAUUUCAACUAAUUAUUUUAAAUGACACCUUUGUAAAAUAUCAAAUUGUUAAUCUAACCAAUAUUUUAAAAGUUGGUAUAACAUUUUGUUAUUUAAAACUUUUAUUUUUUUAUUAUGCCUGUGUAUUUCUUGUACAUUAACACCCUUAGAGAGUACCACAGUAUUAUAUUCCUUAUUGUUUAAAAACAAAAAAAUACAAAAAGUGUGAAGAAGAAAAUCAAGUUAACUCAUAGUCUUACAAUUUAGAGUUAAGAUAAUCUCAGUCAGCAUUUCUGUAUGUGUGUGUAUAUGUCUAUGUGUGUGUGCAUUAUUUGAAUACUUUGGAUUAUACUGUAGUUUUAAAUUCUACUUCUACAAAACUUAAUGUUAUAUUCUAAACAUGUUAUUAAAAAUAUUUCAAACAGCUGUACAUUAUUCUGUGAUAUAAUUUAUUUAAUACUUAAUAUUGAUGCUUGAAUUUUUUGUAUUUUUUCUCACAUUAAGUAGAUACACCUUAGAUAGGUCUUCAUUUGCAUUCUUGGAUAUCUUUUUAAAUGAAUCACUAGAAGUAGAAUUAUUAAGUUCUAUGGUAUGACAAUCUUUUAUUAUUGAAAAAUAUUUCCAAAUUGCUUUUCAGAAAUGCUGUACUUAUUUAUUCUUCUCUCAGAAGUUGGAGCAUAAACACUUUGCUAUAUCCUUCCAACAUUAAGAAUGAUUAUUUUACACAAUUAAUAUGCAUCUAACAAUUAUAUUUUUAUGAAAAUAAUACCAACUCCAAAGUUGUUGCAAAAAACUGAUUUGUGUAAUUGAAACCUAAAUUAAGGUGAUUAGUAAGCCAAAUCUAAUUCAGAAGAAUUUAAUUUCAUUCUACUUCUGAAGUAGCCUUUAACAACAAAUAUGGAUUAAAUGCCACUCUGCACAGGAUGCCGGUUACCCAUCCAUCUAUGUAGCUAUUCAUGUAACUAGCCAACAAAUAUUUAUUGAAUGCCUCCUCUAUGUCAGUCAAUUUUGCUAGGUCCUCUAAUAUCAUGCUAAUCACUAUGGGAAAUAUAAAAGCAAAGGACACAUCUGAUUUUUUUCCCAGCUCCCAUCUUUUGGUUCGCCUAAGCAUAUCAUGUCUCAAGAGGUGGGGAAAGGAAGAUAGAAAGGAGGAAGCUUGUGUUGGAACCCUACCCCUAUCUCUUAUUAACUGUGUGAUCCAGAUGAAUCUUUUUACCUUACCUUACAAGUGAAUGGUACUUGUUAAAUUACAUAACAUCUAGCAUGGUCAAGUGUAACAGGUAAAGCAGUGUAUCUAGUAAUUGUAAUAUCUGUAACUAACUGCUUUUGGGUAGAUGAUAGGGCAUAAAAGGAGGAGAGAUUUAAGCUAUUUGAAGGCAGGAAUAUGGUUUUGUUCAUUGUUAUAUAGCCAACUUCUAAAACAGUGUCUGGUACAUAUCAAGUGCACAAUAAAUAUUUGUUAAAUGAGGAGGAAAAAAAAAGUUCAUUUUUCCUUGCUUCAAAGGAGUCAAAUACAAUCCAUCAAAUUAGUUGCAAACUGGAAGACUCCAGGGAAGUAUCAAACACAGGCACACCUGGGAAGGGACUGAUCAUUGAACUGAUUCAGCCAAUCAAAAGUCUUUAAUGUCCUAAGGAAAAGACAUGCAUAGAUUGCCUUGGAGAAAGAAGA